AUGCAAGAUGGUAUGACGGUUGCUGGAGGCUAUGGUCGCGGCAAUGGAUUAAAUCAAUUGUCAAACUCAUGGGGCUUAUGUGUUGAUGAUGAUCAGACUGUAUAUGUGACUGACUGCUCGAAUCAUCGUAUUGUGAAAUGGAAGUGUAAUUCGACUACUGGCCAAAUAGCUGCGGGUGGAAAUGGAUUAGAAAAUUCCAUAGAUCAAUUGAAUAGUCCAACAGAUGUGAUUGUUGAUAAAGAGAGUGACUGUCUUAUUAUUUGCGAUGUUGGUAAAAGGCAAGUGGUACGAUGGCCUUGUCGAAAUGGCACAUGUGGAAAAAUAAUCAUUCAAAAUGUGGACUGUUGGGGUCUAGCAAUGGACAGUAAUGGAUAUCUCUAUGUGGGAGACUACGAAAAACAUGAAGUGAGACGAUGGAAACUAGGAGACACUAGUGGAAUAAUAGUAGCUGGUGGAAAUGGAGAAGGUGAUCAUCUCGAUCAACUUAGUGGUCGUUUUCACAUUUUCGUCGAUAGUGAUCAAUCGGUGUAUGUAUCAGAUGAACACAAUCAUCGUGUAAUGAAAUGGAUGAAAGGUGAAAAAGAAGGUAUCGUUGCAGCUGGGGGUAACGGUCCAGGAAAUAGUCUGACACAAUUGUGGGCUCCCAUAGGACUGACCGUUGAUCAAUUGGGUACUAUCUAUAUUGCUGACUCAAGUAAUCAUCGAAUAGUACGUUGGCCUCAAGGGGCUAAACAGGGUAGUAUUGUUGUUGGUGGAAACGGUAAAGGAAAACAAGCAAAUCAACUCUCCAGCCCUCUAGAUUUAACAUUCGAUCGACAAGGUAAUUUGUAUGUUGUUGACAAUGGAAAUUAUCGAGUACAACGAUUCGAUAUGGAUUCAAGCUCAAGUCUAUAA